UUCAAAAUUUAAAAUAUGCCCUACCAUUCAGGUUACCCAUACACGAACAAUGCUCAAAAGAACAAUAAUUCCACGUCGCGUGCCAUCCUUGAUUGUGCCGGCACGGAUACCUAACUUCCCUUCACCCGACAAAAGUACCUGCGCUGAAUGCUCUUGCUAUCCAAUUGAGGAGCCAUAUCAGAAGAACAAAAAAUUGAAGCCUUGCCAGAUAUCUCCGUUAACUCUGUACGAGCUGGCGGCUAAUGUUGUCGAUGCACUGAGUUUUCCGAUAGCUUUUAAAUGGACAGAAGAGGAAGUGGCCAGCUGGGCAGAAGACAUUGGCUUUCCUCAAUAUAAGGAAUGUUUCACUGAUAACAACAUUAACGGGCUGAGAUUAUUGAUGUUUGAGGACCCAUCGAAUUUACCUUGUAUCGGUAUACACGAUUUUAUCCAUAUUUUAAAAAUAACAUCGCAUAUAAGAGCUUUAUUCGGAACAGAAUUCAUUAGAUUUUCGAGGAGCAUAGGAUUGCCGCCUAGGAAGCCACUCACUCACUGCACUUGGUUCAAAUCUCGAACUGGUCCUGACUGGGGUAUCCGAGAAAACUGGACUAGAUCCGACGUCCUCCGUUGGAUGAAGAUCCUGAUGCCUGAGCCAUUGAAGAUAGAUCAUUGGGAUUUGGUCUGGUAUCAAAAGCCGGAUUUUCCAAGAGUCGUUAUUGCGAGAACGAAAAAAAUACAAUCAGAUGUCAAAAUACCGCAUUACAAACCUUUUAAAGAUAUCUGCAAGGAAUAUACGAUUCCUCGUAAAUUUCGUUUUCAAACCGGCAUACGCGACGAAGACCAACUGAUUUGGAUGGAAGAUAGAACUCGCGAAACGAACAGGCAAGCUUUAUUGAGAAUAGAAGAAACCGACUCCGAUAGAAUGUCGAUGGAAAAGGACACACAAAUUGAUAAAAGAGUUUUAAAAGGAAACAAAUUUAAGGAAAGCAGACUGGUACCCAAGUUCACGAAUCUGAAGGGCCUACGCGGCAAACAGUUGAUAUUGGCUCGAAGAAAAACACCCAGACCAAAAUUCUUUGCUACUUAAUGCAUUUAGCAAAUGUGUUUGUUGUUUAUUAUAUGAAUUCAAUUUUUAACGAAUAUUACUUUUAAUACCACAUUGGCGCAGUUGCCGACGAUAC